AUGGACGCGCUCAUCGACUUCGCGGUCCGUAUCGACAACAGAUUCCACGACAGACAAAUGCAGAAACGGGAGGUGGAAGGAUGGAGACGAGGCAACGGUCGCCCAUCUCAUCAGCGGUUCCAACCUCAGCGGACGCAGCAGCCGCGCUCUAACGACCCAUAUGGCCCACGACCAAUGGAACUCGACGCAGUAAGGCUUCCAGAGGAGGAGCAACGUCGACGCAAAGAAAACAACCUGUGCUUCAAGUGCGGAAAGCCAGGACAUCGAUCGAGAGAAUGCAAGAAACGCAACGACAAACCGCAUCAAAUGCGAGCAACGAAUGAAAGGCUCGACAGAGGAGCAUACGAUACCACCGGCAUCGUGAAAGCCGAGAAACGAACCCAGCAGCUCUGCGCAACAAGAGAGCAAGGACGGGAAGGACCAGUGAUUGUGGACGGCAGCAAGCCACCACCACCAAAGCAGAAAACACUACGAACACGAAACUUGGACAGUGAAAUUAGCCAACUCCGAACGGCUCUGCAAAAGAUCUUCAAGAUGAGCCGGCUCAAGAAGAGCGAUCCCAGAAUGAACCUACGUGUCCAUGUGAACAUCCACGAUGUUCUUGUCGAGGCUACGCACGACACCCAAAACACGACAUCCGUGCGGUUCUAG